UCACUUUCUUAAACAAAAAUCGGGUUUUCGUCAAAAAAAUGUUGAGUAAAAAAAUUUUUAGUACAGUGUUCGGUUUGGGAAGACAAUUGCCGAAAAAUUUGCAACAAGGAGCAGUUUGUUUAACCUCAAAUAGAUUCUAUUCGGGAAACGGAAAUACUUCAAAGCCAAAAAUUUUGAUAACAGGCGGACUGGGUCAAUUGGGAACAGAAUGCGCCAAGUUGCUUCGUAAGACGUUCGGAAAUGAGCAAGUUAUACUUUCGGAUAUUAUCAAGCCGAAUGAGGAAAUUGUCAGUGCGGGUCCGUACAUCUUUGCGGAUAUUCUGGAUUUUAAGGGAUUACAGAAAAUUGUCGUUGAUCAUCGGGUCGAUUGGAUAAUUCAUUUUUCGGCGUUGUUGAGUGCGAUUGGAGAGCAAAAUGUACCGUUAGCGGUUCGAGUGAACAUUGAGGGAGUUCAUAAUGUCGUUGAACUGGCGAAACAGUAUAAGUUGAGGAUUUUUGUGCCAUCGACUAUUGGAGCGUUUGGGCCUGAUUCGCCGAGAAAUCCAACGCCGAAUGUUACGAUCCAACGUCCCCGCACAAUUUACGGCGUAUCAAAAGUUCACGCCGAACUCAUGGGAGAAUAUUAUCAUCACAAAUUUGGACUUGAUUUCAGAUGUUUGCGAUUCCCCGGAGUAAUUUCAUGCGAUCCGCCAGGCGGCGGCACAACAGAUUACGCAGUUGCAAUUUUCUUCGACGCCUUACGCAGCGGCAAAUACCAAUGUUACUUGAAACCCGACACUCGUCUCCCCAUGAUGUACAUCGAAGAUUGUUUACGAUCACUGUUGGAGUUCAUGACCGCGCCAAGUGAAAAACUUCAACGACGAUGCUACAACGUGACGGCAAUGUCAUUCACGCCUGAAGAACUUGCCACGGAAAUUUCAAAACACAUUCCAGAACUUACCGUGACUUACAAUCCGGAUACGAGACAAGAAAUUGCUGAUUCAUGGCCUCAAAUUUUCGAUGAUUCAGAAGCUCGUGCAGAUUGGGGAUGGAAACACAAAUAUGAUUUACAGAAAUUAGUUGAACGAAUGAUUAAAGAUGUGAAGACGAAUUACAUCGACAAAAAUGGCGACUUGUGAUCACUUUUUUGG